AUGAAACAUACGUUUUGUUUUUUCGUUCAGUUUCUAGAGAAAAGUGAUUUGAAAAAACUGGCUGAAGUGAUAGAGAUUAUAGUCGACAGGCAUUCACCGAAUCCUAUUUUGCUCUCAGCGCUUCCACAGAUCGUCGGUAACGUUUACGGGAGCCCAGUGAAUCCGGAAAAGGAUCAGAGCUAUCGAACGACGUGGCGAGCAUUGGUGAAGGAUCAUUGCGGUGGCAAAAUAUUAAUUGCACCAUUACCAAAUGGGGAGGAAGUGUUGAUCAAGAAGAAGAAAUAG